UGUCAGUCAAAGCUACAGGAGGAACAAUCACGACCGCUCCGGACAUUUAAAGACUUUGUUCAGAAUCACAGGAGACACCGGGACGCACAGUGAUCAGCUGACGGGGAGGUUCAGGUGAGGUUUGUCUCUGUGUGACCCGGGAGACAUGAGCUCUGACCUGGAGGAGCAGGAGGACGAACUGCUCGCUCUCCUCAGCAUCUUCGGAGCGGAGGAGUUUGUCCGGAACGAGUCGAGUCCCGCCGGGGAAAUCCGAGUGUGUGUGGAGCUUCCUGCCGACUUCACCGUGUCUCUGACCGAAGGUGGAACAGUGAGGCAGUAUGAGCUGUCCUUCCUCCCCCCUCUGCUGCUGAACUUUGAACUCCCUGCAGAUUACCCAUCAUCCUCCCCUCCUUCCUUCACCCUCACCUGCAGCUGGAUGACACGCUCACAGCUCUCUGCACUGGGCUCUCAGCUCACUGACCUCUACCUGGCCACCGGAGGCGCUGUGGUGCUCUUCUCCUGGGCCCAGUUCCUCAGAGAGGAUGCCCUCAGCUUCCUGGAGGUUCAUACUCACCUGGAGCUCAACCCCGACGAACGCAGCCCUCAGCACUUUAGCCUAAACUCACACAAUCAGAAUAACAGAGACACGUCAGAACCAGGAUCCACAGAUGACCCGGGCCUUAAAGACUCAGGUGUCUCCGCUCCACAUCUGGAGGGGAUUCCUGCUGAGGGCCCAAAGCCUCUGACCUCAGACGGGAGCAGCACAGACUCUCAGGGAGCAGGAGCUUCGCCACAAAGUCAUUCAGCCUCGGAACAUGAAUUCAGGGAGGAACCAGGGCCUCCUGGGGAGUCAGGGUCAACGGAAGCUGAGCAGAUCCUCCAAACCUCAGAGAACGAUCUGUCUUCAGUGGAUAACAGAACCAAACCUCUCCCCCUGGCUGAUCCUGACCACAAGAGUGAGGGUUUCUCAAAGGAAGGUGACGUUCCAUCAUUGCCUCCCUCUGGCUCCUCAGGUGAGUUCCAUCACACUGAACGAGGAGCUUCUGCUCUGCCGCUGCACCCGAGAGAAUCCUUCCAGAACAAAGAGCAGCUCCUCCCCAGGCCCUCCUCCACUCCGUCACAAACUCUGCUGUCGCAGCUCUUGAUCUACGACGCUGCACAGAAACAGAGAGAGUUCUCCACCACCCUGUUCGACUGCGGUGUGUGUUUCGUGGGCUGGCUCGGGUCGGAGUGUGUGCAGCUGCCUGAGUGUGGACACAUCUUCUGUCAGGUUUGUCUGUCUGAGAUCUGUAAGAUCCAGAUAACGGAGGGGAACGUCCGGGGCGUCACCUGUCCUGAGAUAUCCUGCACGGCCAGUCCCACCCCUGCACAGGUGAGGAGUCUUGUGGGAGAGAAACUGUUCAGCCGAUACGAUCUUCUCCUGCUGCAGUCGACUCUGGACCUCAUGUCUGAUGUGACGUACUGUCCUCGCCGCUCCUGUGGUUCGCCCGUCAUUGUGGAGAAGCCCAGCUCUGCAGCACUGUGCUCUGUGUGCCGCUUCGCUUUCUGUGUCACCUGCAGAAAGACUUACCACGGAGCAGAGGACUGUCAGCCGCAGAGCAGCAUGAAGAAACUGACUGAGACAGACCAGCAGGGGAGCAUGGACGUGCCACAGUCUCAAGGUACACGAGGAUGUGUUUGUGUUUGUGAAGCGAAGACACUGGAAGUGAUGUAA